UUUGAAGAGGCAGAAUCACUUAGAAAAAUGAUGAUCCGAUCUAGUACAGAUAAAACAGAAAAUAUAGAAUUUAUACAUUCAGAGGCCAUAUAUACGAGUCGCUUAUUAUCUAAUAUGCUGCCUAUUUCACGUAAACGAACUUAUGUUUAUUCUGGUAAAUGA